GUCCAGACUAUUGCUGUGUUUUUCCUUCUCUCUUUUGUUUUUCACUUUGUCACACUAGAAGGCGAUCUAGGGUUGUACAUCAGUCCUUCAAUCCAGCCUGAAAUCGACGGUGAUGAUAAAAAUAUGGUGACGAUAUUAAAUAAAUGCAUCUAUGGGAACAUGGAGAUAUAGUUAUCUUUCAUUACCGAAAAAUCGCGAAGAGUCAGGAAAACAGGAAAAUUUGGAGACGUGGCAUAGAAGCCAUCAUAGUAACCCCUCAGUCUAUCCAAGAAGCUGGAAAAGCUAUACCCACUUUGGUUUUAAUGGGGUUUUCCUUUGGCAUUGUUGAUCAUAGCAGUAACCAAUUGCCUUUGCCUCCACAAACUGCAAAUACAAGCAACCUGAACAUUCAGGAAAAUGUUGAAUCUGCAGCAGGUUGUUCUUCUAGCGUUGCUGAUCAUAGCAGUAACCGAUUGCCUUUGCCUCCACAAAUUGCAAGUAACCUGAACAUUCAGGAAAAUGUUGAAUUUGCAGCAGGUUGUUCCUCUGGCACUGUCAAUCAUGAGGACUACCAAUUUCCUUUGGCUCCAAAAACUGCAGAUACAGUCAACCAGAACAGCAUCCAGGCUAAUGCUCAAUCUUCAGCAGGUUCUUCCUUUGGCAUUGUCAAUCAUGAAAACUACCAAUUGCCUUUGCCUACAGAUUCAAGUAACCAGAGCGACAUUCAGGCAAACGCUGAAUCUGCAGAUUUACAGCAGCAUUUGAUGCAGAUAACAGAAAAAGCAGAAUUCUCUAGCUCUUAUAUCUUUAAAUCAUUUACAGUUUCAGGAGAUGGCAUGCUACAAUAUGAUUACGAGUUUGAAAACCAGACUUUUCCUCAAGUGACUACGAAUGAUUUCUUCACCAACCCUGCUACACCUAAUUUCCUCCCCAGUCCUACACCUGGCAGCCUGAGUGAAUUGCCAGACUUUAUGGAACUGUCUUUGGAGGGAAAUAAGAAAAAUCUUAAACGAGGGAAGGAAAGUCUGGGAGAGCUUCCUGCUAACAGCCUUGGUGAAGGAUAUCAAGAUCAUAUGAGUUUUCAACAGAACCCAGAGUUGCAGGCCCAAAAAGAAGGAAGUGGGAGAUGGUCCAGUGGAGAAAAGAGACGGUGAUCCAGCGAGGCUCUCAGCUGAAGAUUCAGAGAGCAGUGAUGAGGAGGGCAAUCUGGGAAUCAAGGAAGCUGCACUGGAACAAAAUGAUCUUGUCCAUCCAGUUGGUACAGAUGGCAGCAUGUGAGGAAGCAGAGUAGAGGAUUCUGUUAGAGACUGCGCAUCCUUUAUAUGGCAGAAAAAGGAGGAGGAAAAGGGGACUUUUAUUCUGGAGAAUUUGUUAAUUGUUGGCUAAGUAGACUAGGAGAGGACUGGCUCUCGAAUUCCAGUACUAGAAUAGUUAUUAUUAUUGUUAUUGUUAUUUUUGCUUGUUUUCCCUUGAUUUGGAGAAUUAUGAACACUGGAAGUGAAACAUGUAUUGCUGUUAUGGAUUAAUGAAAGGAUCUGCAGUUUCCUUA